GUUUCAUUCAUCACAUGAAUCUUUAGCUUAAAAAAGUAUCCAUAUUGAAAAAAAAUAAAAAAAAAUCUCGUUUAUUGUUUUGUCUUUGUGUCUGAAUCUGAAUGUUUGUGACAGAGAGCGUGGGACCGUCUUCUCUGAACUGUUUUAAAGUCUCUCUUUUUUCUGCAAGCUUUCAAGCACAGCAAGGCCAUUAUAAAGAUUCCUUGAACAUCUAUUUUUAUUUAUUUUAAGCUCUAUUCUUUUACUCUCCAUUUUGACCUUUACAUAAGGCAAAUGAAGAUCUGAAAAAUGUUGAAGCUUUCCGUUUUCUUCGGUUGAACAAAAAGCUCAAAGCUCAAAUAUGCUGCUGCUUCUCUCUCCUCUGCGACUUUUGGAAAGGAAAAUCAAAUACCCAUUUUCCACCGGAAGGUAAUUCGGCUGCUGAUUUCAUCAAGGUUGGAUUAUUCAAUCAAAUCUGGUGCCCUUUUUCUUGUUUUUGAGAAAUGGGAUUUUUGUAUUCAUCCUGUUUGAUUUGAAAUUACUUUAGUUGCUUAAACAACUUUGGUUUGGAUUUGGUGUAUUUACAGGCAUCAGUAAGGUGAAAGGGAAAAUUAUAUUUUGUGAAAGUGGAUUCAUAUAGCUGAAUGUUUCUGGUAGGAUUGAUUUGAUAAUUUAUUGGUUAUUAUGAGCACUAGGUUGUUGCAAAAAGAGAUAUAGAAAUGAAUGUGCAAUGCAGUAAGGAGUACAUAUGCAUGAAUUUGGUUGCUGCCUUGUGGUGGUUCUUUUUAGUAAUUGGUUAAGGAGUAAAUCAGAUUAGUAGUGAUGGCAUCCAUUAGAAGAACACUGUCUCCGGUGCCUCGACAAGGGACUUUAAUUACCGGAGAGGCUGAGCGCUCAGUUCCUUCUCCUUUGUCCAAGUCUUCAUCAUGUAGCCAGAGUUCCCCAGCCACUGGUGGAUUGCUAUCUUCUCUUUUUGGUUUAUCGGACUCUCAAGCUUUAGUUUUCGGAGUUUUCUCACCAAGAUCCUUUAGACCUCUUGACAGGGCUAAACAGAAAGGACAAGUUUGGAGGAGGGUUGUUUUUCAAUUCUUCAUUUGUUUCAUAAUUGGUUUUCUUAUUGGAUUUACACCAUUCAUUUCCAUGGACUUUUCAUAUAUGAAUCCGGUUUCAAAGCAUCAGGCAUUUUCUUUUGAGGUAGUAUCAACUGCUGGGAAUUUUCAAUCACUCAACAAUUCACAAAGGAAUGUAGCAUCAACAAUGAACAACCCUGGGGUUGAAAAUAAUUUCACAUUAGAGGGAUUGGUGCAGAGACAGGAAAUGACAGAAGGGAAUUUAGAUGAUGCCUCGACUAAUCAAUCGGUCCCUCAAGAUAUAGAUCUGGAAUCUCGCAAGCUUUUGAUAAUUGUGACUCCAACAUAUGCUCGAUCGUUUCAGGCCUAUUAUCUAAAUCUUUUGGCGUACACAUUAAAGUUGGUCCAACCUCCACUAUUGUGGAUUGUUGUAGAGAUGACCUUACAAUCUGAUGAAACAGCUGACAUCCUAAGAAGGAGCGGUGUUAUGUAUAGGCAUCUUGUCUGCAAGAAAAAUCUGACUGAUAUAAAAGACAGAAGUGUUCACCAAAGAAAUGUGGCACUAUCUCACAUCGAAACUCAUCAUCUUGAUGGAAUUGUCUACUUUGCCGAUGAACAUAACAUCUACUCAAUUGAUCUCUUUGAGCAAAUGAGGCACAUUAGGCAAUUUGGGACUUGGCCUGUGGCCAAACAAACAUCGGACAAAAGUAGAGCUGUAUUGGAAGGCCCUGUUUGUAAUGGAACUCAAGUCAUUGGAUGGCACCUAAAUGGAUUAAGUAAGCGAUUCCAAAGAUUCCAUGCUGAAAUGUCAGGGUUUGCCUUCAACAGUACCAUACUAUGGGAUCCAAAGCCAUGGCACCGACCUACUCUUGAACCGAUAAGACAGCUUGACACGGUCGAAGAUGGUUUCCAUGCAAGCUCAUUUAUUGAACGAGUUGUGCAAGAUGAAAGCCAGAUGGAAGGCUUACCACACGACUGCUCAAGAGUCAUGGUUUGGGAGCUAAAUGUUGAAUCACCUAAUUCUUUCUAUCCCAAAAAAUGGUCAAUGAAGAAUAAUUUGGACAUCAUUGCUCCACUCGCAUGAAACUCAAUAUGUCAAAGGAGUUAAUUUUGAUCAUCAAGGAAAGAUGGCCAAGAAUUGUAUUUAACUGUCAUCGAAGGAGACUCGAAACUCAACUGAUACCUAAAUCAAGUGGAAGAGCAUUACCAAUACCUUGUUGCAGUAAAACAGAGUAAUCUGCAGACAAGUGUAAACAAAACCUUCGUACGGUAUCUCGUUUUCCCGUUUCUGCAUUGCCCGUUGAGAGCAUUUCGUGAGACUAGUUGGGAAGGAUGGUCAAAUGGAAAGCAUCCUUGUGUAAUGCUGACUGUAAUGUUAUUACUUUGACUCUCAUUCUCGUUUUAGCUAAUAGCUAUUCUUUUGGGGGAGUAAAAUUGAAAGCAUAUUUUGGUCAAUCACAUUUUGUUACCUCCAUAUCUGUCUUUUUAGUACAAUGUUUCUUGCAUGUAUUUUAUAAUUAAUUUGUAAUGCAGCUUUGAAUUCAGCUGUAAAUGCGAUGUCAAAGUGGAUUGGGUGACUAAAUUGCACUUUUAACUGCAGAGUACUGGUUUAGAACAGAAUUGCAGAUUCACUACAUUAAACUACAGUGGCUACCCUA